AUGAAUGAAUCCCUUCAUUUAAGUCGCGUUAAACUCAAUGUAUUGGUUAUUGAGAAGCUUGACGGCUUAGUAGAAUUAUUCAUUAGCAAAAGUAAAGAAAGUGCAACAGGUGAAUCAAGUUGUUAUUGGUACAAUUCAACUGGUGUACCAAACCUAAUGAAUGAUCCAAGCAUUACCAAUGCGGUUGCUACCACUACUACGACCACUGCUGCUACUACCACUGCCUCUGUUACUACAACUGCUGCUGCUACUACUACUGCUACUACUACUGCUACUACUGCUACAACUAGAGUUUCAACUUUCGCGAACCAACCAUUAAUUAACGAAAAUCUUUUGCCUAUUCCUGCCUUCUCUGUAGGUGAGAGUGUUUAUGGAAAAGCGGUCAAUGGAAGAGACUUUGGGACAUGGAGGCCUGCUACUGUCAAAAGCAUUAAAUACAGCAACGAAAACAACGAAUGGUGUUAUACUAUUAAGUUUAAGCAAGGAAAUGAAGGUUUAGAAACAUUAAUAGGUCACAACUUAGUAACAAUAGAUGAGGAUAAAGAAUUCACAGUCAAUAACAUAAAAGAUAGAUUGGAUGUUUUGGUGUUUGAUAAAACAACAAAAAAAUACUAUAAAGGUGAAAUAAUAGAAGGUACUGAACAAUCUAAUACAAGAAAAAGAAAGGUGACUGCGAUAGAAGUAGCAUGUGAAGGUACAAAUAAUUAUGAUUUAAAUAAUAUUCUUAAUUCCACAGGUAUACAAAUCAGUAAAGAAAGAAAGAGAAAUGAAAUUGAAUUGUACUUAAAUGUUCGUACCAAUUCUUAUCUAGAUCGUUAA